AUGUCGUCAUCAAGCACACAAUCUUCCACUACUAAUCCAGCCACCCGUAGUGGUGCCGCGAAUGCUGCUGGUAGCAAGGGACCAAAUAACUCGCAAUCCACUGCAGAGAAGCAAGUCGAGCACACCGAGACUCCAGCUAGAGACCCGAAGUCGAUUGCACCACUUCAAUAUGCCUGGUUUGCAGGGCAUGUUUUCACAGUUGUAGGAACUUUUAUUGAGAUUCUAGCUUACGUCACCUUUCAGGGACAUAGACAAUGGUCCCAAAUUAUUUAUCGAACUACUUUCGUUGUGAUUGUCGCUACAUACGCGAUCAGUUUGAAUCAGAAACUGAAGGGUCAAAUUCCAACUUUCUAUGCACUCCUACCCCUUGAAAGCUUUCAGUACGGUGCGCUGGCCUCCUUAUGGCUUAUCUCUAGAGGUCAUCUUCUGAAGCUAAUUCCUUAUUUUGUAUUUUCUCUUUUGCAGGCUAGUCAUUUUGCUUCUACGAAGCUGAUUGCUGGAACAGCCAAUGCGGAAAAAAUUGAUUCUGAAAUCAACAAGUCUGCUGCAAAGCUAGAGAAAAUUGUUUCAUGGAAUAAUAUCUUCCUUGGUCUGAGAUUAGUCCUGGAUUUUAUUUGUAUUAGGAGUGGGGCUUUCGUUUCUCUUAUUGCGUUCGGUAUCUUCUUCCGACUGAGAGUGGAGUAUUCGCCCGGUGCUGCGGAGACUGUACGUGAGCUCUAUGUACAUGUCGAUAAACUUUUGAGCAACCCCAAAGUUCCUGCCAAAGUUCAAGAUGUCUGGAAGAAAGUUAAAUGGAAUAUCGAGCAUUAUGAGAAACAUGAGUUGAAACCUGCAAAACCUGCAAGCUCUACCUCCACCGCCUCUGAUAACAACAAUAUUGCCUCUAAAAAAUCCAAAGAUCCGCAGAGCGACCUUUUCCUCAACGGGGAUAAGGAUAAAAGACAAAAGUAG